GCGCCCGGCAGGGCUGCAGUGGGCGCGCGGCGGGCGAUGCCGGGGCCCGGGGCCCGCGCUGAUGAGGGCGGCGGCGAAGGCGCGGGGCUGGGGCGGGAGCCCGCGCGGCUGUGCGGCUACCUGCAGAAGCUGUCCGGCAAGGGCCCUCUGCGGGGCUACCGCAACCGCUGGUUCGUGUUCGACGCGCGGCGCUGCUACCUCUACUACUUCAAGAGUCCGCAGGACGCGCUGCCGCUCGGCCACCUGGACAUAGCCGACGCCUGCUUCAGCUACCAGGGUCCCGACGAGGCGGCGGAGCCCGGCGCCGAGCCGCCCGCGCACUUCCAGGUGCACAGCGGGGGCGCCGUCACGGUGCUCAAGGCGCCCAACCGCCAGCUCAUGACGUACUGGCUGCAGGAGCUGCAGCAGAAGAGGUGGGAGUACUGCAACGGCCUGGACGGGGCGAAGCGCGCCAGCCGGGCCUCCCCGACCCCGGGGGACUCCUCCAAGGGCCUGGUGGCCCGAGACAGCACAGAGCUGCCCCACCCGCACCCAGAUGCCUCUGCCGAGAAAGCCAGGAACGUCCUCGCUGUGGAGGCCGCCCCCGGGGAGCUGGUGGGGGAGCAGGCUGCCAGCCAGCCGGCCCCCGGGCCCCCCAACUCCAUCAACUUCUCCCUGAAGCAGUGGGGCGCCGAGCUGAAAAACUCCAUGUCGUCUCUGCGCCCCGGAAGAGGGCACGAGAGCCGGAAGAGCGUGUUUUACACGCACGAGGAGUGGGAGCUGCUGGACCCGAGCCCCAGGGACCUGGAGGAGUCCGCGGCCCAGGAGGAGCGGAAGAAGCAGCCGCCCGAGGGCAGCAAAGGGAUAACUGUCUCGGGAUUUCCCUUCGAUUUUGGACGUGCUCCCUACAAAGGAAGGCGCCCCCUCAGAGACAUGAUUGGCUCAUACAAAAGCCGCCACGGCAGCGGCGGCGGGGACCCUGCCCCCGAGGGGACCUCGGGCCAAGGCAGCGGGGCCCGGCCGGCCUCCGACGUGCAGCUGCAGGUGCAGAGCCAGCAGGAGGAGCUGGAGCGCCUGCAGAAGGACCUGUGCAGCCAGAAGGAGCUGGUGCGGCUACUGCAGCAGACCGUGCGGUCCUCCCAGUACGACAAGUACUUCGCCAGCAGCCGGCUCUGCGACGGCGCUGCCCAAGACACGCUGGGGCUCCUGCACCAGAAGGACGAGCAGAUCCUGGGCCUGGCCGGGCAGCUGGAGAAGUGCGGCCUGGAGAAGGAGAGCCUGCGGCAGGAGCUGCGGACACUGAAGGGCGCGGUGGGCGAGCUCAACGAGAAGCUGGGCAUGCUGAUGGAGACCAUCCAGGCCAAGGACGAGGUCAUCAUGAAGCUGUCACGGCAGCUCAGCGAGUGUGAGGACGGCGCGGCCUCCCCCACCUGGCCGCCCGCCUCUCCUACCGCCGCCCCUGCCGGCCGGGACCAGCAGGAGCUGGACCGGCUGAAGGAUAACCUGCAGGGGUACAAAACCCAAAAUAAGUUCCUCAAUAAGGAAAUUCUGGAACUCUCGGCGCUGCGGAGGAAUGCGGAAAGGAGGGAGAGGGAUCUCCUGGCCAAGUACUCAAGCCUGGAAGCCAAGCUGUGCCAGAUAGAGAGCAAGUACCUGAUCCUGCUGCAGGAGGUGAAGACCCCCGUGUGCUCCGAGGAGCCGGGCCCCGCCCGCGAGGUCAUUGCCCAGCUCCUGGAGGACGCGCUGCAGGUGGAGGGCGCGGAGCAGCCGGAGCACGCCUUCGUCAAGCCUCACCUCGUCAGCGAGUACGACAUCUACGGGUUCAGGACGGUGCCGGAGGACGACGAGGAGGAGCAGCUGGUGGCCAGGGUGCGGGCGCUGGACCUGAAGAGCCUGCACCUCACGGAGGCGCAGGAGGCGUCCACCGGCGUCAAGUGGGAGAACUACUUCGCCGGCACGGUGAACCGCGAGAUGGCGCGCUCGCCCGAGCUGAAGGGCCUGAUCCGCGCCGGCAUCCCGCACGCGCACCGCUCCGCCGUGUGGAAGUGGUGCGUCGACCUGCACACCCGCAAGUUCAGGGACGGCGCGCCGCCCGGCUACUUCCCGGCCCUGCUGCAGAAGGCGCUGGAGAAGCAGAACCCGGCCUCCAAGCAGAUCGAGCUGGACCUGCUGCGCACGCUGCCCAACAACAAGCACUACUCCUGCCCCACCUCCGAGGGCGUCCAGAAGCUGCGCAGCGUGCUGCUGGCCUUCUCCUGGCGGAACCCGGACAUCGGCUACUGCCAGGGCCUCAACAGGCUGGCGGCCGUGGCCCUGCUGUACCUGGAACAGGAGGACGCCUUCUGGUGCCUGGUCACCAUCGUGGAGGUCUUCAUGCCCCGGGACUAUUACACAAAGACGCUCCUGGGAUCCCAGGUGGACCAGCGCGUGUUCCGCGACCUCAUGAGCGAGAAGCUGCCGCGGCUGCACGCGCACCUGGAGCAGCACAAGGUGGACUACACCCUCAUCACCUUCAACUGGUUCCUGGUGGUCUUCGUGGACAGCGUCGUCAGCGACGUCCUCUUCAAGAUCUGGGAUUCCUUCCUGUACGAGGGACCCAAGGUCAUUUUCCGCUUCGCCCUCGCGCUUUUCAAGUACAAGGAGGAGGAGAUCCUGAAGCUGCAGGACUCCAUGUCCGUGUUCAAGUACCUGCGCUACUUCACGCGCACCGUCCUCGACGCCCGGAAGCUGAUCGGCAUCGCCUUCGGGGACCUGAACCCCUUCCCCCUGCGCCAGAUCCGCAACCGGCGCGCCUACCACCUGGAGAAGGUGCGGUUGGAGCUGACGGAGCUGGAGGCCAUCCGGGAGGACUUCCUGCGCGAGCGGGACACCAGCCCCGACAAGGGCGCGCUGGUCAGCGACGAGGAGGAGGACACCUGAGCGCCCGCCCUGCAGCCGGGGGUGACCUGCAGACAGAGCGUCUCCGCUGGGGUCUGGGGGGGUCUGCCGGGCAGCCGUCCAGGGCACACCGCGGCCUGCGCUCCUCUGGGCCCUCGGCCGGCUCGCGUCGGUGCACAGCCACCUGCCCCCCAGGCGUCCGUCCUGGGGACUCAGCAGCCACUCGCACCAGUCGGCCGCGGGGGUCCGAGCCCUGAGGAAGCCCCAGGUGGGCCAUUGCCUCUUCCCACAGGCCGCGGGCAGCGUCUGGGCGGCCGCACUACGGAGGAUGCCCGGUGCUCAGACUCCCAGGCCGGAGUGUGGCCGCCCCGUGGCCUGCCGUCAGUGCGAGGGGAGCGACUUCCUAGGAGAAGCAAGCACGUCGCCACUCAGAACCGGGCACCACACGCGGUCCUGCGGGAAGCUCUCCGCGUGUCUGGGCCACGACUCUCGGGGCGUCUCCAGCACAGAUAGACGGGGUUCCGGGGAGGCUGGCUCAGCAUCCCGCCAGCCGGGCCCGCCCCGGGCGGCCUCGGUCACGGGGGACGCAGGGCGGCAUCUGUGGCUUCCCCCGCAGCAGCAGCUGCUGCCGGCUCGCCCGCUGUGUCCUCGCCUGGCUGGGGCCCCGGUGCCGGCGCUGGGAAGUGCCCCCCCUUCCCCGGACCCACCACCUGGUCCCAGGGGCCCUGAGACCGAGAGCCGCCUCUCUGAACCCCCAGUCUUUGCACAAGGAAGGGGAUGCCGUGCCACCCUCCCGGGGCCGUCGGCGUGGCGGGCGCUGUUGUUCCAAUGGGAAAGACGCCGUUUUGGACGGAGCCCUUCACCCUGCCUGGAGGAAGCUGGAGAUGGCCUCUGGCUGGCAGCCAUCUAACACGCUCAGGCCGAGAGUCGAACCCGAGCCAUUGGGGGACGGUCAGCCUCCGAGUUCGGGGGUGGGGGGGGCUGCCUCGUUGGAUCCCCACUGUGUGGGGAGCUGGCCUCUGUGUUCAGCCA